AUGAAGAUCUCAUCCAGAUCAUUCCUCAGUCCAGCCAGGGUUGGGGCUGCUCAUGACCCACCACCGCUUUUCCUCUCAAACUCACACAACCAUAGGCUCAGAAAUAGUCGUAGCAUCAAAGGCGGCGCGUCUCCCGUUAGGAUGAAGAGCAAGAAGAAGCACACGAAAAAUCUGAGUUUAUCAAGACGACAGAGCACCGACGAAGUUAGUUUCAGGAGAUUCGAGCAUUCCGGUAAUGGGUUCGGUAGUCAAAGUCAAAAUCUUGGUUCUAAUCAAGAGUGUUUACCAUUGCAGAGGAAUAAUCAGAGAUGGGUUCAUUUACCAUUGACGAUUUGUGAAGGUUUAAGAGCGUUUGGGUCUGAGGGAGGUGAUGGAAGUGGAAGAGAUGCCAAUGGUGGUGAGAGAGUGGUUGAGUUAAUCGCCGGAGACUAUAAUGAUGAGAAUGAGGAAAUUAAUGAGAUGGGUAUUAUGAAUUCAAGAAGACAUGUAUUUCAAGACUUCGAGAUUGUAAACGACAUCGUCUUUGGGACAAUCGAUUAA